AUGGCGCGCGCGCCACAGAAAAUCACAAAUUUGGACAGCGAACCGCGUCGACACGGCACGGCUGUUGGCCCACCUCCAUCCUACCGGCACGGCAGCGAAACCGGAAGCGACUAUUCGAGCGUGUCCCAGAUGGGGAAACGCCGAGCGUCCUGGACGAAUUUGGUCGAAUCCGACGACAAUCUGACUGCGAUCCGCGUCAACCAAUACCCAAACGUGACCGCCAGUCAGACUAGCGUCGCCACGGCGCCGGUUGGGCCGCAUUCGUACCAGCCGACCGUAGCUGGACAGCCACUCGUGGCCCCGUACGGCCACUACAACGUCAAUCCGAAUCUGCGGACCCCGUCGCGACUCUCGCACUUUGGCAGCCAGGUCUUUGUUAUGGUCGCAACCCGGCGCUUCCGCAAGGAGUUCAGCCGCCAGGGCUCAUUUUCCUCAUUUUUCGCCGGCGCCCUAAAAUGCGCCCCAGCCCCGGGGAUGCCGACCGACAACUUUGGACGCUACCAAAUUGAUGUGCCGCUGAAAUUGCGGACUUUUCCCAAAGGCACCCUCGUCGAUGCAGCCCCACCAAUUCCUGGAGAGCGCGUCCCGCACCACCGUACGGCCAGCACCUCGCAACACUCGGUGGCCAACUCGGACGCCAUUCUGGCCGAUGGCCGGAAUAAGCGGAAGCGCAAUCGCCUUCAGGACUGUAUGAACUGGUGUUCACGCCCGAAACAGGGACUUUGUGCUCUCUUCUUUGUGCUGUUGCUCGUCGUCGGAGUUAUUGCCGCUAUCGUAAUUCCGUUGGCUCUGCGCCCUCCAAAGCGAGUCUCCCUCCAACUUCAAGCUCCCCAAUCCGCACGUGGAGCAUCAUCGGCAACUACCUCAAUCCAGAUGAAUGCUGACGGGGAUCAAGUCCGCUUCAACAUCCGCGGCUCUCCACCAUUGAAGGGAAACUUCCUCACAGUCUACGAUUUCAAGACGAAUUGGGUGGGAAUCGUGGACGAGAGCCUACGCACUAAUGGUCGCCAGUUGUUCUGCUUCGUGAUGAGGCUCGAUCGGGGGAAUGUCAUCGAUGAGGACGAGUUGAGGAAGGCGACACAGGCCGCUAGAGGGAAAGGCCAAGCGACACAAGGAUGGCAAGAAACCUGGGGAUUCCAGCCGACGCCCCUGCAAAUACAGAAUCAGACACAGUACUUCUCGCAACCCAUCACCGAAUGCAAUGGGGCUCGCUGGGUCCAGCUGGAUAUGACUUCCGGACAAAGUGCCCAACAAUGCACGGAUUGCCAAAGUUUCUGCGUACCCGAGCUUGGUAUUGAUCGCGACGCCGCCAAGGGUGAAAACACGCUGAACGUCAUCCGUCUGGACUGCUUCCAGCUGUUCGUCCCGGAGUGGAGACAAUAUGCCCAGCAGAAUACCAUGGAACAGAACCAACGCGACUACGAGCAGUACUACCGUCUGCCGGGAGGGAGUGGAGCGCAGCAGGGGGCUGAGGGGAAAUGGAUUAAUGUUUAUGGGCAGCAGCGGCAACAACAAAGAAACGGCGUUAUCCCCGGUCAAGUCUACCCGAACGGCGCGAUGACGGCCGGCACAAGCAUCAGCGGAAACUCAAACAAUCACCCAAACACCCGCUCUGGAGAUGGUCUUUUGGGACCUCAGUCCCAAUUCGCCAACCGACUCCAACAAAACGCCCAGCUCACCGCCGAACAAGAAGAACAGCUCCGCCAAUAUUCCAAGGAGCGAAACCCGGGCCUCCCGAAUGGGCAGCUAUUCCCAAUUGGACCCACCGGAAUGAAUGGGGCGUCGAGCACGGGUGUCAUUCUACCCCCAGGGGCACCGAGGCCCAUCCACACUAUCGCGUGGCACGGCGGAGAUCCAUCGCAACAGUGGCUCAACGCACAGUCGGCGUCGAACCCCGCGAUGCCGCCGGUUGGGUGGAGCGCGCAGCAAAGUGGGCAGUAUGGGCAGGAGAAUGGAAAUGGGAUAUCUGGAAGCAUCAACCGCAACGUCGUCCAACCUGCCCUAAAUACGCUACAAUCCGGCGUACAGAACGCCCAGCAGGGUUUGCAAAAUGGAGUACAAUCCGUCGGUUACUCCCUCCAAAAUGGCAUCAACAAUCUACAAGGGAACAUCCAGAAUUUGCAAGGAAACUCGCAAGAUCACAAUGUUCCAUCGCCGCAACAAUUAUUGCAGCAGACCAGGCAGAGGCUGGCUAACCAAUACGUGAAUGGAAACACGCAGCAGCAGCAAUCCCAGCAGCCCGGCGCCAACUUCCCCCAUAUUGGCCCCCAGGGUGGAUAUCAGAUGUAUUCGAGCUAUGGCCAACCGGGACAGCAAAACCAGAAUCAAGUGAACACCCAACAAAUCCCUGGCGGCAUCAUCAACGGCAACCCGCAAAACCUCAAUGUGCAACCAUUC